AGUACUCAGGAAUCGAGAGUGGCCAAACGCUGCCAAUGGGAGAUAGGAAACUCGUUGAUCAUUGGUAGAGAAACUCGGCACAACGCCGAGUCACGGUACACGGUGUCUUCGGCCUCGCCCAGGGACACUUGGUGACCCGAGGUCGAGUUCCAAGUCGGAGACAGAUUUUGCGAGUGGAUAAGACGAUGGAAGAUGGUACCCCAAAGCAUAUCAUCCAGAUGACAGGAUUUAAGAUGGAAGAAAAAGAAGCACUAGUCAAAUUACUUUUAAAACUAGAUUGCACUUUUAUUAAGAGUGAGAAAUACAAAAAUUGUACACAUCUUAUAGCUGAACGCCUAUGUAAGAGUGAAAAAUUUUUAGCAGCUUGUGCGGCAGGAAAGUGGAUACUAACCAAGGACUAUAUAAUUCAUAGUGCCAAAAGUGGCAGAUGGCUUGAUGAAACAACUUAUGAAUGGGGAUAUAAAAUUGAAAAAGAUUCCCUUUAUUCACCUCAAAUGCAAUCUGCACCUAAAAGAUGGCGUGAAGAACUGAAACGCACUGGUGCUCCAGGAGCCUUCCACAGAUGGAAAGUUGUCCUCCUUGUUAGAACUGAUAAGCGAAGUGAUUCUCUUAUAAGAGUUUUGGAGGCUGGAAAGGCAAAUGUUAUUUUACCAAAAAGUUCACCAAGUGGAAUAACUCAUGUGAUUGCCAGUAAUGCAAGAAUUAAAGCUGAGAAAGAAAAAGAUAACUUUAAGGCUCCAUUUUAUCCAAUUCAGUAUCUAGGGGAUUUUCUUUUAGAGAAAGAAAUUCAGAAUGAUGAAGAUUCCCAAACCAAUUCUGUUUGGACUGAACAUAGCAAUGAAGAAACAAACAAAGAUUUCAGGAAAGAUGCAGGAUUUCUUGAAAUGAAAGGUGCCUUAAGAGAGACCAUGUAUAGAACCCAGAAAGAAAUGCAAAAUCAUGAAGAUGUUAAUGUUGGUUCUAUUUUGAUUCAACAUCACAAAAAAGAAAAAUUCAGUGGUUCCAGUAAAGAUUUGAAAUUUGUUAAAAUGAGAAAUACCUUUGGAAGGCAUACAUAUGAAAAUCAGAAGGAAAUUAAGAAAAAAGAUGAAGAUAUUCAAAGGAGUUAUACUUUGAGGAGAAAACGCAAGAAAGAAAAAGAAGGCAAUUGCAAGAAAGACGUUGAACAUGAAAAAAUAAAAAGUACCUUAAGAAGGCACAUAUAUAAUAGAGAUCAGAAAGAAAUGAAGAAUUCUAUUUUUGCUGAAUAUGCCAAAGAAUCAAAAGCCAUGGCUAUUAAGACAGAUGUGGAUGUUGUUGAAAUAAAAAAUACCUUAAGGAAGCACAUAUAUAGAGCUCAGGCUGUCAGAUACAACUGCAUUAGAAUAGAUAAACAACCAGUGUACAACGUAGAGGUUAAAAAUGCUGAAUUUCCCAGAGGUGUAUUAAAUUUAAUUGAAAGCCUCAUAGAAGGACAGUUUUUUAAAGAAGCAAUUGAGGAACUUUCCACUUUGCAGGCACAUUAUAUCCCUCCUGUAUGCGUUCUUCAUGCCCUUCUAGAGAACGUUCUACAGGAUAACAUAGAUACAUUUUCUGGUCGAUACUUUCAUAUAUUGUCAGCUCUUCUUCACCUGCAUCCUCCUUGGAAGUCUCCAGCCAUGUCGAGAUAUUAUUUAGAGUUGUUUCAGUGUCCAACUUGUAUGAAAGGAGCAUGGUCUUUAGUAGAAGUCCUUAUCAGGUCUUGCCUUUUCAAUGAAAGCUUUUGUCAUCAAAUUUCAGAAAAUAUUGGCUCCAAGGUGCUCCACCUGACGCUACUCAAAUUUUUCUUUAAUUUAAUUGAAAGUGAAGUACAACAUCUGAGUCGAAAGUUGUAUGACUGGUCAGAUUCUCAGAAUCUGAAAAUAACAGGAAAGGCAAUGCUUCUUGAAAUUUUUUGGUCAGGAAGUGAAACCUCUGGGCUUUUGACCAAACCAGUAAAUAUGCUUUUGGAAUGGACUAUAUAUUCUCACAAGGAAAAAUUCAAGUCUAAUGAUGUCUUCAAACAUGAACUAGCUUACUUAUUGGCUGGAAUUCUUGGAGCAGCAAUAGAUUAUUGGAUUUUCCUUGGUCUUAAGAUGGGUAGAAAUGUGAUGCGACACAUGUCUGAUGACUUAGGAAGUUAUAUUUCUCUUUCGUGUGAUGACUUUUCUUCACAGGAAUUAGAGAUUUUCAUUUGCUCCUUUUCCUCCUCCUGGCUUCAAAUGUUUGUUGCAGAGGCAGUCUUUAAAAAGUUGUGUCUACAGAGCUCUGGCAGUGUUUCUUCUGAGCCACUCUCUCUUCAGAAAAUGGUAUAUUCCUAUUUACCAGCCUUGGGGAAAACUGGUGUGCUUGGGUCUGGAAAGAUUCAGGUAUCAAAGAAAAUAGGACAGCGGCCUUGUUUUGACUCUCAGAGAGCCUUACUAAUGCUGAAUGGUACUAAACAAAAACAAGUCGAAGGGCUGCCAGAGUUACCAGACCUGAACCUUGCUAAAUGUUCCUCAUCAUUAAAAAAAUUAAAAAAGAAGUCAGAAGGAGAAUUGUCAUGUUCCAAGGAGAAUUGCCCCUCUGUAGUUAAAAAGAUGAAUUUUCACAAGACUAAUCUAAAAGGAGAAACAGCCCUGCAUAGAGCUUGCAUAAAUAACCAAGUGGAGAAAUUGAUUCUUCUUCUCUCUUUGCCAGGAAUAGACAUCAAUGUUAAAGACAAUGCUGGCUGGACGCCUUUGCAUGAAGCCUGUAACUAUGGCAACACAGUGUGUGUCCAGGAAAUUUUGCAACGUUGUCCAGAGGUAGAUCUGCUCACUCAAGUGGACGGGGUGACUCCUUUGCAUGAUGCACUGUCAAACGGACAUGUAGAAAUUGGCAAGCUGCUACUACAGCAUGGGGGCCCAGUGCUUUUACAACAGAGGAAUGCUAAGGGAGAAUUGCCCUUGGAUUAUGUGGUUUCACCUCAAAUCAAAGAAGAACUGUUUGCUAUUACAAAAAUAGAAGAUACAGUGGAGAACUUUCAUGCACAAGCAGAGAAACAUUUUCAUUACCAGCAACUUGAAUUUGGCUCCUUUUUACUUAGUAGGAUGUUGCUAAAUUUUUGUUCAAUUUUUGAUUUAUCUUCACAGUUCAUUUUAGCUUCCAAAGGGUUAACUCAUCUAAAUGAACUGCUUAUGGCUUGUAAAAGUCAUAAAGAAACCACCAGUGUUCAUACUGACUGGUUAUUGGAUCUUUAUGCUGGAAAUAUAAAGACAUUGCAGAAACUCCCACACAUUCUUAAGGAACUGCCUGAGAAUUUGAAAGUGUGUCCUGGGGUACACACUGAGGCCUUGAUGGUAACGUUGGAAAUGAUGUGUCGGUCAGUCAUGGAGUUUUCAUGAUGAUGCUAGAAAGUAUGGAUUGACUUUCUAAAUCUGUUCAGUUUGCAUUGGUACUUACUGUGGACUUCAUAGCUUACUGACAGAUAGUAAUUUGAUUUAUUUAUUGACAGACUUUGCAGCCUUGCUAAAUUUUAAAAGCAUUUUUUAAAAAAACUUCUACAAAACUCUAGUAUGGGCUUCUGACUUUUUCCAGGGUGUAGAAUUUGACUCAAAAGUAAAAAUAAUUUUAUUUUAGUAUAUUCUACUUUCAUUAAUUUUUUUUGUUCUGAAAGUGAUAUUAUAUUGUACAUGUAAAAUUAAUUUAAAUAUUUUUUCAAAUCAAAAUGUAAUGUCCUGUAUUCUAGAUGUUCUAGGUCUUAGAAUCAUGGCAGGCAUAUUCAUACAAAUGCGUACCUAUAAACUUGUAGCUCCUGACUCUUAGGGAUGGAUUUUGAGGAAAAAACAAGACUAAACAAAAACAUGUAGCUCCCUGUUUCUUCUCUCUAGGUUGUUGGACUGAAAUAUGCAUUUUAGCUUUGUGUGUUUCUAAAAUAAACAUUUCUAAAAUUUA